CAAAGCUCUUUCCCCAUUACUAAAUCUUGCUUACCCCCAAAAGUUUCAAUUGAACACUCUUCAGCCUCCCCCCUCUGCUUUCUCUCAGUAUACUCUGACCAACAUGGCCGUCAACGGAACCAGGGACCACUUGCACAAAGGAUUGUUUAUCAACAACGAGUAUGUUGAUGCAAAGAACAAAGAAACACUCACGGUCUCCAACCCCGUCGAUGGAUCGCUAGUCGCGGAAGGCAUCCAAGUAGCAGGCGAAGCAGAUAUCGAUGCCGCUGUCGAAGCAGCCGAAGCAGCCUACAGAGGCCCUUGGUCUACAUGGACCGCCAAAGAGAGGAGCAAGGUCAUGUUGAAGAUGGCCGACCUGAUUGAAGCCAAUGCGAAAGAUCUUGCCCCUCUAGAGACAAUCGCCAUGGGGCAGCCAGCAUGGUUGUCGGAGUUCUUGAUUGGCGCGGCCGUGGAUGCUUGGAGAUACUACGCAGGAUGGACGGACAAACUUAGCGGAGAGCAGUUUCCUGCCGAUGAUGGCAACUACAAGAUCGUCCAAUAUGAGCCGCUCGGUGUUUGCGCGAUGAUUGGGGCUUGGAAUGGGUCUAUGAUGUUCCAUGCAAUGAAGACGUCGGCUGCUGUCGCAUCUGGGAAUACGUGCAUCUACAAAGGCUCAGAGAAGUCGCCGCUUGGCGUUCUGGCCAUGGGAGCUCUGGCGAAGGAAGCUGGUUUCCCGCCCGGCGUCAUCAACAUUGUGACAGGAGCCGGUGCUACAGGAGCUAUGCUUGCAUCGCACAUGAAAAUUCGCAAGAUAAGUUUCACCGGCUCUGUCUUUGCUGGGAAGAAGGUGCAGGAGUUAGCUGCGAAGAGCAAUCUCAAGCGUGUCACGCUAGAGCUUGGAGGAAAGUCUCCAUCCAUCAUCUUCGAAGAUGCAGAUAUGGAGAACGUGCUCACGCAUCAUUCCCAGAACUUCCUGAUGAAUUCAACUCAAAUCUGCGUCGCCGCCUCCCGAACCUUUGUUCACGAAAGUAUCGCCGAGAAAUUCGUCGAGGGCCUGAAAGCGCGUUUUGAAGCUCUUGGCGACCAGCCCGGCUUCAUGGGCCCCUUGGUCGACAAGGCUCAAUUUGACCGCGUCACAGGUUACCUCGAGGUCGGCAAAAAGGAGGCUGAGCUCAUCACCGGAGGCUCGCAGAAGGGCAAAAAUGGCUUCUUCAUCCAGCCUACAAUAUUCUUGAAUCCUGCCGAAGACGCGCGGAUCUACCGUGAGGAGAUCUUCGGCCCAGUCAUCACCAUCAAAACAUUCAAGACGGAGGAAGAGGUGGUGAGAAUGGCGAAUGAUACUGAGUACGGACUGGCCGCGUAUAUUUUCACGAGCGUACUUAGUCGCGCGCUGCGCAUUGCAGGCAAACUAGAGUCGGGCUUAGUGAAUAUCAACACGUCGACGGCAUUUGCGAUGUCUGUGCCUUUUGGAGGUUCCAAGCAGAGCGGUGUUGGGAGAGAGUCUGGUAAGGCGGGGCUUUUGGCGUUCAUGGAACCUAAGACUAUUCUGAUCAACAUGAACAUUUGAUAGGCGAGUACGUUUAUGCGACUAUAGCUGGAGUUCGACACGUGAUAUCUAGCAAUUUAGGGUUAUCGCUUGACCCACUUCCGAAUUGCUACCUGAUGUUUAAAAUUCCUCUAUGAAAACUUGAUUCCUUCGCCAUACGUGUUGCUC